AUGGUGGAUCUACUUUUUGGAUCCGUCCGGGGGUCUGGGCUGUAUGCCGACGACACCCACUUGAAAUGGAGGUUCGAGACGUAUGUUGAACUGGAGCGCAGCAUGAUGGAGGUACGUGUUGCUAUGGGAAUAUUCAAAGCCUUUCAUAUGAAGGUAAACUACGAGAAGACUAAGGCCAUUCUGAAGGUCGUUGGGGGUCUUCGCAGUCGAGUCCACAAAGAAUAUGUCCGCAAAUAUGAUCAGGAACGACGAUUGCUUCUGUCACCGCGAGAUCCCACGGCAUGGGUGGCAUUGGUGCCACAGGCGGAAUACCUAGGUCUCAUUAUUUCAUAUGGGGCCUUUGAGUUACAGUCCAUGCGACACCGAGUCUCCAAGGCAAACAAGCGUCGGUGGGCAAUGGCUGGCGUGCUUCAUUCCCGCAGGAUCAGUGUGGGCUACAAGCUGCAAAUCUGGCGAAGCUGCGUGCUCAGCACUCUCACGUAUGGCCUUCACUGUUGUGGUCUUACCGGGGCGCAUAUCACCGGUGAUUCGCAUGAAACUAUCAUGGAUAAGUUCGGUGUGCAGACGGUCGUUGGCCUCCUGUUGAAACAACAAAGUGCGCUUGAGCCGGAGGGGGCAGAGUCCGCAGUGUGGAGUUGUCCGGUGUGCGAAGAGGCAUUUACCACCUCGGCUGCCUUGAAAGUACACGCUAGAAGAUCGCAUGACAUCGUGGAUGAACACAAAGAAAUCUUCAACAAAGCCAGACACUCCAAGAAUGGACUUCCCAUUUGCAAGUUUCACGACAGAAAAUUCUCCAAGUGGCAAUCAUUGGCGGUACACAUUAGCGACAACUCUUGCCCAGCGCUGAUCGCUCCCCCUGAAGAAGACAAUGACCCCGGUUUUGGUUCUGGUUUCGCCAACACCCCAGCACUGCCUACUACGUCCUCAUGCGAUACACUUCAGCCAUCCACUGCUACGGACUCUAUGAGCAUCUGUCCGUUGCCUGAUGUUCAGACGGCGGUGCAGAAAGGUAUCAAUGCUUUCAUCCUGCUCAAAGCCAUCACGGCACAGCUUCAGCAGACCUGUAGCAUUUGUGGGCAGUGGGUAGCCUCUCAUCGAACACUCAAGCGUUAUUUUCAAUACUCACACAAUGAUAUCCUGGAGGUCCUGGGUAGCCGCAUACAAAAGCUUGUCGCCCGUACUGCCACGGCCAGCCCUGCGUGCCACUUUUGUGGAGUUGCGUGCAAGGACUGGCGAGGGAUGUUCGACGACGACGAGAUGACGGAGUUCUUCGGGGAACUACGGGACAGCCACAAGAACAAGCGGAGGCGGCCAGAAGCUCGGGGUGCACCUCAAGGACCACAGGCAGUAGCGAGUCAGUCCGCGGCAGGGGGCUUGACGCUUACUUCGCUAGCUCGCAUAGUGCUGAGGCAGGACGAAGAGCUAAGAGUGAUCAAACAAGAUCAUUCACUGGUCCUGUGGCUGAAGGCGGGAGCGGAUUCGUUUAUGCCGUUCUUCCACCAAACCACAAUGCAAUUCCGCAAAAAGCAGGAGGAGGCGCCGGAUUGGAGCCCAGGAUGGCAACCUCUGAGGACUGUCAUGGCCCUGGCAAUGAUCCGCGAGCUGGCCACCAGGAUGGAGGCAGCGAUGAAGGACGAGUCUUUAAGGAAGACUGUGGCGGAAAAGGGAUGGCUGGAUGGGCAGGGAAACUGGCGAUACCAAGGCUGGAAUCCGCGUUUGGGAUGUCUCGAAGAGGACAAGGACCGACAGCCACUGGCAACAGAUGCUCUGAAACUAAGGUUGGAGGAGAUCUACGCGGCCCUAGAAGGCGAGACGGUCACCCACUUCAAGUGUACACGCCGACUUACUGAAACGAUGGAGUCUCAGGCAGUGUUCAAAAUGGAUAUUUCCACCAGAUGCGAAGGGAUCACAGCUUGGAACAAGCUGCUCGAAGUCCAGGGCAACAGCGUCUGGCAGCUUGUUGGAGUCGCGUAUCGCAAGGAAAGCCUCAAGGACAGCCCAGCUAUCCAGAAGCUUCGGGAACUGCUCCGAAGUGAAUGCGGCGACGGAAUUGCGGAAAUGUGGCUUACCCUCGGAAAUAACUCCAAUGCUUGCUACAUGAACAGUUUGGUGCAGGCGUUGCUAUGGGCGGCUGAGCUACAUGGGGAUACGAGUUUUUUAUGUCUGGGGCAGUGUGCUUACUUCUUCCGGCAGCUCUGUGCGCAUCCUCCGAAUACUGAAAAGCUCUUGAUAAGGGAAAAGACCCGGAAUGCCCUCAUCGUUGGCUGGUCGGACCCUCAUCGUCAACAGGAUGUGAUGGAGUUUGCGGCUUUUCUUUGUGAUUAA